AUGGAGAUUAAAUCAGGUCCUGAGCCUCAUUUUACAAAUUUGCAACAAUUUUCUCGUGAAAUUCCAAAUUUAUCCAACGAUGAUUUGAUCACAAAGUGGUGCUCACUUCUUUACAUCAUGAAUUCGGUACCAAAAUGUGGUGCAAGACCUUAUGUUUUACAAACAUUUGAUUUAUACAUAAAAAUUCGAUUUUGGACGAUCCGACUAGCCACAAUUAUACCAUAUCUUCCGAGAAGUCAGUCAGCAGAGGUUUUUCAAACUAAAAUUACCGAAUUAUUAUCAAAAUUUUCAAGUAACGAGCGAUUAGAUACAAAUAUCAUUAAUGACACGUUAAGUAUCAUAACUGAAUUGCUCAUUUUAAUAGAAGAAAUUGACUUAGGACCAAAUCACACUCGAGCUUUUAUAAAAUUUGAAAAUUUUACGCAGUUUCUUGACCAGCUAACUACGAAUAUCAAAAAGAUACAAGAGAUUAUUGUUUUUGCAGAGUCAAUCAAUAGCAUUUCCGCAUGUUUUAACAGAUAUACAAUUCAAAAACUAGAUUCCAUACAAUUAAACAUCAAACUGAACAUAGAAUCGACAACAUCAGACAAUGCAAGUGUUUUUACAGGUAAAAUGCAUAUCACAAACGAAGAAAAAUUUUUAUUAUUAAAUGUCAUCGACGCACUUACGAAACAAGACAUCAAAGUGACAUCGGAUGCAGGUAUUGACAUUAAUAGUAGCCAUCUGUAUCCUCCAAACCUUGAAAAAGUGUUUCUUUCUUUAAAAUCUUUUUCAAAUUUGGAUACAAACACUUUUUCACAUGAUUUCAUCACCGGAAUCUCUAAACUAAUCACUAGGCCAUCCAAUUUCAGUGAUGUCAUCAGUCUUUUAUCAGAAUCAGUGAUGAAUCAAGCUUAUUCCGAAUUCAAUGGCUCUUCUUCAGAAAAAAUUAUCGGUUUGACCGACCAACUUACACAAAUUUACCUUGUCCACAUGUUUUUCAUGACAUUGGACUACUUAUCGAUAUGUUCCUAUGAUAACUCUGUUUCUUUGACUUAUGUGCGCACAUUGGCAUCCAUCGCAAUGAAGAAAGAUGUUUUUAUACCUGUUUUGACUGAAAUUUUGUCAAAUGAAAAAAUAAUUUUUUUGAAAAAUCAAAUUGAAUCAAAAUUAAUUAGUAUAUAUGAUGAUAAUUAUAAUAGUAUUAUGAAAUAUAUAAGAAAAAACUUUGUUUAUCUUUUUAUUGAAUAUCUCAAAAUAUCUAACACUUCUUUCACACCUUUGUUGCAGUUUUUGUUUGAUGUUGAUGCAAACAAAGUGAAUUAUAGCGAAAUUCCUGAUUUCGGAUCGAUUUUUCGCCAAAUUAAACAAGAUUUGGCUCCAAAACUGUUUUAUACUGUGAGUUUGUUGAUUCCCUGUCAACACAAUGCAGCAAUACAUGGUAAUAAUGAUGUUUGUUAUGAUUACUUGUUUGAAUUUUUCAAAAAUCAUGGAAUUGAUUUUAAUAAUCAGCCAAAAAGUGUUUUAAAUCACUCAGAAUUGAUUGAUGAGUUCGGAAAUAGUUUGUUAUACUUGAUGGAAAGGUCUGUUUUGCCUGGAUUGAAUGAAAAUGACUUAGAUUUUUUGAAAAAUCAAGAUGAUCCAAAAUUUAUCGGUCAAUUUGUACAAUUUAUCAAGUCAUUGUCAAUUGACCAUAGAGUUCUGACCAAAUUGGUCGUGAAAUCAUGUCAAAACCUCCAAAAAAAUUAUUCAAAAGAGAAUAGUGACUUAAUUUUGCAACUUGACAUGAUAUCACGUGGAUCUCUUGACGUCAGUGCUUUCCUUCUUAUUAUUUCUUCGAAUUCUCUUUCAAACAACCAAGAUAUUUUGAAUUGUUUGCUAAUUUUCAUUUAUUUGUUCAGAUUUUUCAAUCUCCGUGAUGAAAUCAUCAAUGAAAUGGUUGAAAUCGAGCCUUCCAUCAAGAAUGAGAGUGUUUUAAUGAAUUCUUUGAAACAUUUUAACAAAAAACGUUUCAUUGAUGGAUUUUCUAACAUUAUAAUGUUUGUUUAUACUUUGGCUGAUACUGAUAGUGCUUCAAACAAAGAUUUUUUGCAUAAUAUUAUGAACUUGUUGAGAUUGAACAAUACUGUACCGGAUUUCUUCUCUCCAACGCAGACACAGGCUUAUGAGAUUGAUACGGCGUUCUGGAAGAUAACUUCCCACUUGAAUAAAAUUAAAAUUGAAAAAUUAGUGGGAAGAAUCCAGAAUUUGUUGAAAAGUAUUGAUAAUCAGCCAUUAGGAGUCAAUAAUUGCACGGAAUUUGUUGCCGCUGUCGAUCAAUUUACUAAAUCUCAAAAAAUUGACUAUCAACCUAUACAAAAAAUAGGAAGUUUUGUGGCCAAACUCAUCCAAUAUGACACUAAGAACUCGUUCAAGACUUCCGAUUACAUUAUCGCGUUCUUUAACACGAUUUCCGUUUAUAAGAAUUUAAUUCCUUCCAUUUACUCCUAUUUCUGCUUCUUGUUGUCCAACAGAUCAUCAGUAAAGAUGAAAAUCCCUCUCCUUUUGUCGAUUAAAACUCCUGCUCCUGAAGAAUUGAAUUUAAUGCCACUCCAGUUCUUUACUGGCAUCUGUUUCCCUGAAUUCCAGAUCUUUAUAUGCAGGAACCAGAUAACACAGAUCAAAAAACUCAUUGAAGACAAAAAUAUCUCAAAUGAUAUUUCCAACCUUUCGUUUAACGAUGACUGUUUGCUGCCCGUUGAGUCCCAGAACAUCAUACUAAACUCCAUACAGAGCCAUGGCCAGUCAAACAAAGAAAAAGAAUAUAAAAAUCAUUUGGUCGGUCAAUUAAUCGAGAUCCGGAAGAAAACAAUGGAAGAAAAGAAGAAUUCCGAGCAAUUGAAGAAGACCCGAAAGGUUUCCUACACAAAAAACCAGAAUGAACUGAUGAGACUCAAAAAAGAACUCUUUGGAUCAUUUGACGUCUACAAGAACGAAAAUACGCAGCUUGACAUGCAGAUAGAACACUACAAAAUGCAGAUAGAAGCCUACAAAAAGUCAAUUGAGAACAAAAAGAGUUUAAUUGAGAAUUUGAAGCAGCAAAUAUGUGCAAUAAAGGGUGUAAAAGAGCUAAAAACACCUGUUCUCCCUGAAAGAAAGCCUUUCAACCAGAAAUUCACUGCAAAAAUUUCAGAAUUUCGGUUUUUUGAUGAGAAUUCAACUGAAAUCCCUGAAAGUAGUGAUAUCCCAACAUCUCCUGAACUUGUCGAUGAAGUAAUUGUUGAAAUUCCUCAUGCCCAACAGCAAAUUCCUGAAAUUAAACAAGAAAUUGAGGAAAUGGUUGAAACUCCAGCAUCUUUAAGGAAUUUGAUUGGAGAUAAAUGGCCUUUGUCACUCCAGAAUUCGAUUUCCAACUCAUUGAAACAGAUAACAAGUUCAGAUUCAGUCAAAGCAAUGCGUGUCUUGAAGGAUGCAUCGCCUGACUCUUUGUCCAGAAUAAAGAAUCUCCUUUCUGGCGGAAAAGUUGACUCCGGAGAAGCUCUCAUACAAAAUGAUGUAAUGAGAAGAAUUACUGUAAUUAAAGAAAUGUUUGAUGAAUAA